UGGACGAACCAACCAUAAGAACUGUAAAUCAAGCUCAAAGUAUGAAACUAUAUUAAAACCUUAGGAACAUACAACUAUAAUUCGGAGGAGGUUAUCGAUUACGUCUUUUCGUUUCACGAUGUAGCUUCGAAGAAAAAAUUUAUAAUCGAAACUGAUUAUCCAAUGAUGCUUACCUGCGGACACGAAACUAAGACACAAAAUAAUGACGUGGAUCAUCGGCGAUCAUCGCGAAACGUUCUUUGUUCGCAGCUCUGGAUUUGUACAAAAAUAUGUCGACAGAAGGUGCAGAACUAUCGAAUCAUUUAGUGACGCGAGAUGUCGAAACCAUGUUGGACGAAACACAGAGCAAUCGUAUGGAUAUAUUGGAGUGUCUGUCAGUUUUAAUUAAUGAGAAUAAUUCUGGGAAUGAUCGAACUGAAGAAUUAAUGUUGGAUGAGCAUCUAUUGGGUGGUGGCACAACUUUAACAGCAGUAACAUUACCUGAUGGAACACAAGCAUUUGUUGCUAAUAAUUUCAAUGAUGAUAUGGAUUUAAAGAGGCAAGCAACGUUAGAAUUGGAGAGUGGUGACACAAUAUUGCUUCGAGAAGUAACAGAACUUACAGAAGGCAAGCCGCUUCAACUGGAAUUAGAACCAGCAACAUUAGUUCAAGCUCAUAACACUACCAUAGAAAAUGUUGGAAAUUAUCCAUGCGUGGAAUUUAUCGAUGGUAAUGCUUAUAUGGUAGCCAGUCAUUUGGAUGUUAGCAAAGAUUUGUGGGAAAUUGAGGAUGGUAAAUUGAGGAAAAAGGAUUCCAAGAUUUUAUUAAAUAAAUUGUCCACAUCUAGGAUAAGGCAUCCUUGCCCACGGGAGGGCUGUUCAAAAGUUUAUAGUACACCCCAUCACCUUAAGGUUCAUGAACGAUCUCACACUGGUCAACGACCAUAUAGAUGUACACAUCCGAAAUGUAAGAAGAGCUUUUCGACAGGAUACAGUUUAAAAGCACAUUUACGUACUCAUACAGGAGAGAAACCUUACAAAUGUCCAAACGAAACGUGCGACAAAAGCUUCAAAACAUCUGGAGAUUUAUUGAAACAUGUACGAACACAUACCGGAGAACGUCCUUUCUUGUGCCCAUUCAGUGGUUGCGGUAGAUCUUUUACUACCAGCAACAUUAGAAAGGUUCACGUCAGAACGCACACCGGUGAACGGCCGUAUAAAUGUACACAACCAAAGUGUGGCAAAGCUUUCGCGAGUGCAACAAAUUAUAAGAAUCAUAUACGAAUUCAUUCAGGCGAAAAACCAUACGUUUGCUCGAUUGAGAACUGUGGGAGGAGAUUCACAGAGUAUUCUAGUCUUUAUAAACACCAUCUCGUUCACACGCAACAACGUCCGUUCGAAUGUAAAGUUUGUUUCAGGAGAUACAGACAAAGUAGUACUCUUGUGAUGCACAAAAGAACUGCUCAUGCGUUAGUUGAUAACGAUGAUAAUGUUGAUGUUCUUUGUCAAGAUUCUAUUCAAGAGUCUUCUAGUCGAAACAAAGAUAGACGAAAGGGAAACAGUAUCCGAGAUAAUGGUACUCCGUCGUUAAAGAUCACAGAAAAAGAUGGACAAAUACAGAUUUCUAAAGCGAUCGAUGAUUUAAAUGAUAACGAAACGCAGAUUUUAUUAGUCGGUGAUCCUUCACAAAUUGCAGCGUUACAGAAGAUCGAAUUAAAUGGUGGUUUCGAUGAGCCUAGUAUCGAUACUUCGUUUGAAGAAUUAAAUAUAAAGAUUGAAGAUAUAGAACUUGGCUGGCAUUAAUAUGUUUUUAAUAUGGCGUAUAUUCUAUGAAUACUAAAGGAAAAACGCAAAUUGUCUAUCAUUUCUUUUGUCUGUCUUGUCAGUUAUCUCUAUUGUUUAUCGGGUCUCUUACGUAGAUGGACGCGCGCGAGCGUGCGCACACCCACACACUUGACUUAUAUAAUUUGUGGUCCUAUAGAUCUCAGCAUUGGGAACUAAGGGUAACAUGUGUCUAUCAAAUCAUCGGGAAUGGUUAAAGA